GAAAAAACACUCUUUCCCAGAAUUUUUUUAUUUUUUUAUUUUAUUUUUCUACUGUUUUAUUUAAAUAACUUGGUUUUAAUCCAAUGUUGUUUUCAAUGGGGGUGAAGAGUUGUUGAGCAGAAAUCCAGCUGCCCUAACCAUUGACUUGUCCAUAUAGAGAUCAUGGGAUCCUCGUUGAGACACAUGCAUUUCUUCUUUGUCUCUUUUAAGACAUGCCCACCAACUGUUUGUUGAAAGACCUCAAUGAAGAAAUCUUUAUAACUCCCUGUAAUUAAUCUCAAAGGCAAUCAAGAAGUGUAAGAAUCUACUGUAAGAAACGGACUUCUGUUAGGGGUGUCGGAAAAAGGGGCUAUGAGGUGCUUUCAGUUCUCGAAUGCUAACAAAACCGACGAACCGAAAACCGUAAAAUCCACCUCGAUUUUCUCGUCCACUUCAGCGUCAUCAGACCAAGAUGUUAGAAGAUCAGGGUCCGAAUGUAAUUCUCAAAACAUAUCAGAUAUAAGCAAUGCAUCAUCAGCCAAUAUCACGUUAUCGAGUCUUUCUCAAAGGCCUACCAACCUCCUCAGGUGUUUCACGUUCGACGAGCUUAAAACCGCUACAAAGAAUUUUAGCCGCUCCCUUAUGCUUGGGGAAGGAGGAUUCGGACCGGUAUAUAGGGGUGUUUUACGCGAAACCGAAAAUUCAAAUAAAAGAAUUGAUAUUGCCGUUAAACAGCUCAGCACCCGAGGGUUACAGGGACACAAGGAAUGGAUAAAUGAAGUGAAUGUUCUUGGUAUUGUUGAGCAUCCGAAUCUGGUCAAACUUAUAGGUCACUGUGCUGAAGACGACGAGCGAGGAAUUCAACGCCUUUUAAUAUACGAAUAUAUGCCUAAUCGGAGCGUACAAGACCAUAUAUCGAGCCGGUUUCAUCCACCUAUGCCAUGGAUUACUAGAUUAAAAGUUGCACAAGAUGCUGCUCGAGGAUUGACUUACCUUCACGAAGGCAUGGAAUUUCAGAUUAUUUUUCGAGAUUUCAAAUCGUCGAAUAUUCUAUUGGACGAGCAGUGGAAUGCGAAGCUUUCCGAUUUCGGGUUGGCCAGAUUAGGUCCGGCCGAUGGACUGAGCCAUGUUUCAACAGCGGUAGUGGGAACGGUCGGAUACGCAGCACCAGAAUACAUACAAACAGGUCGGCUCACAUCCAAAAGCGACGUAUGGAGCUACGGAAUAUUCCUCUACGAGCUAAUAACCGGCCGACGCCCCUUCGACAGAAAUAGGCCGAAAGACGAGCAGAAGCUCUUGGAUUGGGUGCGGAACCACCUUUCCGACGCCAAGAAAUUCGAACGGAUAUUGGACCCACGUCUAAAUGGUAAAUACGAGCUCAAGUCCGCUCAAAAGCUGGCGGCAAUUGCUAGCCGUUGCUUGGUUAGGCACCCGAAGAAUCGGCCGAAGAUGAGUGAAGUCUUGAAGAUGGUCAACAUUGUUGUUGACUCCGCUGAAAAUGCCGAUGAUGCGGUGGAUCGCUCCCCGAUUUUGGAUAUAGACGAGAAGAAAACGGGAGAGGAAGAGAGUUGGAAGAGGAGGUUUCUCGAGCAUUUGAUGAGAGAUAACAAGUGCUUAGGGUGGAGAUAAGUUCACGGUUUAUUCUAUGCUACACCUGGUGAAGUUCGUCUUUUAAUAUUUUGUCGUGUGACGUGUAUAUAUUUAAUUAUACAUGUUUUACGCACAUUCACAUGUAUAUGCGUGGUGUCAUUGUGUGUAGAACUACGGUCAUACGUCAUCUGAUGUAGCAUGUACAAGAGCGAUUAUUUUCUUAGAUUGAAAUGUGUUAACGAAGUUUUGGUUGUGGUGUUUGGAGUGGGAAUUGUAUAUAUUAAACAUAUUUUUAUUUUAAUAAAUUAAUUUUUUUUUAA